GAAGCUCCCGGGGUGCUGUGCCGGAGCAUGGGGACGGAUGAGCUCUGAGAGUCGCGGCCGCAGCAAUCAGCCCUGGAGAUGACCAGGGGCGGCCACUGCUGAGAACUAUGUGGAGAGAGGCUGCGAGCCCUGCUGCAGAGCCUCCGGCUGGGAUAGCCGCCCCCCGUGGGGGCGAUGCGGACAGCGCGGGACAGCCAGGGGAGCGCGCGGGGGCCGCAGCAUGCGGGAACCCGCUAAACCCGGUGGCUGCUGAGGCGGCCGAGAUGCUCGUGCGCGCAGCACGCCCCAUUGCAUCCUCCACCUUCUCUGGCUACAGGGACCCUAAGUGGCGACCAUGGGCGGACUGGGCUACUGGACCUUGCUGGUACUGCCAGCCCUUCUGGUCUGGUGCGGUCCGGCGCAGGACGCGGCGGCGGAGAAGGGUACCCCAGCGCUGAACAUUGCGGUGCUGCUGGGCCACAGCCACGAUGUGACAGAGCGCGAACUUCGAAAUCUGUGGGGACCGGAGCAGGCAACCGGUUUGCCCAUGGACGUGAACGUGGUGGCGUUGUUGAUGAACCGCACCGACCCCAAGAGCCUCAUCACGCAUGUGUGCGACCUCAUGUCUGGGGCGCGCAUCCAUGGCCUCGUGUUUGGAGAUGACACCGACCAGGAGGCUGUGGCUCAGAUGCUGGAUUUUAUCUCCUCACAGACUUUCAUCCCCAUCUUGGGCAUUCACGGAGGUGCAUCUAUGAUCAUGGCUGACAAGGAUCCGACAUCCACAUUCUUCCAGUUUGGAGCAUCCAUCCAGCAGCAAGCCACAGUUAUGCUGAAGAUCAUGCAGGAUUAUGACUGGCAUGUCUUCUCCCUGGUGACCACCAUCUUCCCUGGCUACAGGGAGUUCAUCAGCUUCAUCAAGACAACAGUGGACAACAGCUUUGUGGGCUGGGAUAUGCAGAAUGUGAUCACACUGGACACCUCCUUCGAGGAUGCCAAGACACAGGUCCAGCUGAAGAAGAUCCAUUCUUCUGUCAUCUUACUGUACUGUUCCAAAGACGAGGCUGUCCUCAUUCUGAGUGAGGCUCGCUCCCUGGGCCUCACCGGAUAUGACUUCUUCUGGAUUGUCCCCAGUUUGGUCUCUGGGAACACAGAGCUCAUCCCCAAAGAGUUCCCAUCAGGACUCAUUUCAGUCUCCUAUGAUGACUGGGACUACAGCCUGGAGGCGAGAGUGAGGGAUGGUCUUGGGAUCCUAACCACUGCCGCAUCUUCCAUGUUGGAGAAAUUCUCCUACAUCCCUGAGGCCAAGACCAGCUGCUACGGGCAGGCAGAGAAGCCAGAAACCCCUCAUCACACUCUGCACCAAUUUAUGGUCAACGUGACAUGGGAUGGCAAAGACUUGUCCUUCACUGAAGAAGGCUAUCAGGUGCACCCCAGGCUUGUGGUGAUUGUGCUGAACAAGGACCGAGAGUGGGAAAAGGUGGGCAAAUGGGAGAACCAGACCCUGAGCCUGAGGCACGCCGUGUGGCCGAGGUACAAGUCCUUUUCUGACUGCGAGCCAGAUGACAACCACCUGAGCAUUGUCACCCUGGAGGAAGCCCCCUUCGUCAUCGUAGAAGACAUAGACCCGCUGACGGAGACCUGUGUGAGGAACACGGUGCCCUGUCGGAAGUUUGUGAAGAUCAACAACUCGACUAAUGAAGGGAUGAACGUGAAGAAGUGCUGCAAGGGGUUCUGCAUCGACAUCCUGAAGAAGCUGUCCAGGACUGUGAAGUUCACCUAUGACCUCUACCUGGUGACCAAUGGGAAGCAUGGGAAAAAGGUUAACAAUGUGUGGAAUGGAAUGAUAGGUGAAGUGGUCUACCAGCGAGCAGUCAUGGCCGUGGGCUCACUCACCAUCAAUGAGGAGCGUUCUGAAGUGGUGGACUUCUCAGUGCCCUUCGUGGAGACAGGAAUCAGUGUCAUGGUCUCCAGGAGCAAUGGCACAGUCUCCCCUUCUGCUUUCCUUGAACCCUUCAGCGCCUCUGUCUGGGUGAUGAUGUUUGUGAUGCUGCUCAUCGUCUCUGCCAUUGCUGUCUUUGUUUUUGAAUACUUCAGUCCUGUUGGAUAUAACAGAAACUUAGCCAAAGGGAAAGCUCCCCAUGGACCUUCUUUUACAAUUGGAAAAGCUAUAUGGCUCCUCUGGGGCCUGGUAUUCAACAACUCUGUGCCCGUCCAGAAUCCUAAAGGCACAACCAGCAAGAUCAUGGUGUCGGUGUGGGCCUUCUUUGCUGUCAUUUUCCUGGCCAGUUAUACAGCCAACCUGGCUGCCUUCAUGAUCCAGGAGGAGUUUGUGGACCAAGUGACAGGCCUCAGUGACAAGAAGUUUCAGAGACCUCAUGACUAUUCCCCGCCUUUCCGAUUUGGGACAGUACCCAAUGGGAGUACAGAGAGAAAUAUCCGUAACAACUAUCCAUAUAUGCACCAGUACAUGACCAAAUUCAACCAGAGGGGCGUAGAGGACGCCUUGGUCAGCUUGAAAACGGGGAAGUUGGACGCUUUCAUCUAUGACGCCGCUGUCUUGAAUUACAAGGCUGGGAGGGAUGAAGGCUGUAAACUUGUGACCAUUGGAAGUGGGUACAUCUUUGCCACCACUGGCUACGGAAUUGCCCUCCAGAAGGGCUCACCCUGGAAGAGGCAAAUUGACCUGGCUCUGCUCCAGUUUGUUGGUGAUGGUGAGAUGGAGGAACUGGAGACACUGUGGCUUACAGGCAUCUGCCACAAUGAGAAGAAUGAGGUCAUGAGCAGCCAGUUGGACAUCGAUAACAUGGCAGGCGUGUUCUACAUGCUGGCUGCGGCUAUGGCCCUCAGUCUCAUCACCUUCAUCUGGGAGCACCUCUUCUACUGGAAGCUCCGCUUCUGCUUCACCGGCGUGUGCUCUGACCGGCCUGGGUUGCUCUUCUCCAUCAGCAGGGGUAUCUAUAGUUGCAUCCAUGGUGUACACAUUGAAGAAAAGAAGAAGUCUCCAGACUUCAAUUUGACUGGUUCACAGAGCAACAUGCUAAAGCUUCUUCGGUCAGCCAAGAACAUCUCCAACAUGUCCAACAUGAAUUCCUCAAGAAUGGACUCACCUAAAAGAGCUUCUGACUUCAUCCAAAGAGGGUCACUUAUUGUGGACAUGGUUUCAGACAAGGGGAAUUUAAUAUACUCAGACAACAGGUCCUUUCAGGGGAAGGACAGCAUAUUUGGGGACAACAUGAAUGAACUCCAAACAUUUGUGGCCAACAGGCACAAGGAUAAUCUCAGUAACUAUGUAUUCCAAGGACAGCAUCCUCUCACCCUCAAUGAGUCCAACCCUAACACAGUGGAGGUGGCUGUCAGCACUGAAUCCAAAGGGAAUUCCCGACCACGGCAGCUUUGGAAGAAAUCCAUGGAGUCUCUACGCCAGGAUUCUCUGAACCAGAACCCAGUCUCACAGAGAGAUGAGAAGACUGUGGAGAACAGAACCCACUCCCUGAAGAGUCCUAGAUAUCUUCCAGAAGAGGUAGCCCACUCUGACAUUUCAGAAACUUCAAGCCGGGCCACAUGCCACAGGGAGCCAGAUAACAAUAAGAACCACAAGACCAAGGAUAACUUCAAAAGGUCAAUGGCCUCCAAAUAUCCCAAGGACUGUAGUGAGGUUGAGCGUACCUAUAUGAAAACCAAAGCAAGCUCUCCCAGGGAUAAGAUCUACACCAUUGAUGGUGAGAAGGAACCCAGUUUCCAUUUAGAUCCUCCACAGUUUGUUGAGAGCAUAGCAAUCCCUGAGAAUGUGAGCUUCCCAGAUACCUACCAAGACCACAACGAGAACUUCCGCAAGGGAGACUCCACGCUGCCCAUUAACAGGAACCCACUGCACAAUGAAGACGGGCUUCCCAACAAUGACCAGUAUAAACUCUAUGCUAAGCACUUUACCUUGAAAGACAAGGGUUCCCCACAUAGUGAGGGCAGUGAUCGCUACCGGCAGAACUCCACACAUUGCAGAAGCUGCCUUUCAAAUCUGCCCACCUACUCAGGCCACUUUACCAUGAGGUCUCCUUUCAAGUGUGAUGCCUGUCUGCGGAUGGGGAACCUCUAUGACAUUGACGAAGACCAGAUGCUUCAGGAGACAGGUAACCCAGCUACUCAGGAGGAGGUCUACCAGCAGGACUGGUCCCAGAACAACGCCCUCCAGUUCCAGAAGAACAAGCUAAGGAUUAACCGACAGCACUCCUAUGAUAACAUUCUCGACAAACCCAGGGAGAUAGACCUUAGCAGGCCCUCCCGGAGCAUAAGCCUCAAGGACAGAGAACGGCUACUGGAGGGUAAUUUAUAUGGGAGCCUGUUCAGUGUCCCUUCAAGCAAACUCUUGGGGAAUAAAAGCUCCCUUUUCCCCCAAGGUCUGGAGGACAGCAAGAGAAGCAAGUCUCUCUUGCCAGACCACACCUCUGAUAACCCUUUCCUCCACACGUACGGGGAUGACCAACGCUUAGCUAUUGGGAGAUGUCCCUCAGACCCUUAUAAACACUCAUUGCCAUCACAGGCAGCAAAUGACAGCUAUCUUCGGUCAUCCUUGAGGUCCACAGCAUCGUAUUGCUCCAGGGACAGUCGGGGCCACAGCGAUGUGUAUAUUUCAGAGCAUGGUAUGCCUUAUGCUGCAAAUAAGAAUAACAUGUACUCUACCCCCAGGGUUUUAAAUUCCUGCAGCAAUAGACGCGUGUACAAGAAAAUGCCUAGUAUCGAAUCUGAUGUUUAAAUCUUCCACCAGUGUUUAUCUAUAAGGAAACAUAUGAAAUGGCCAACGUUCUGGAGGGUAAAUGUUGGAUAUCCCAUAGCACCCUACUAGGAGGAAGAGGAUUUAGGGAGGUACUUUUUUGUUGGCUCUUUUGCACAUGGCUCCAUGCCAUAAUCUUUCACUCAAGGAAUCUUGUAAGGUAUGUGCUGAGCACAGUACAUACCACGGAUAGGUGAAUCCUUAACCAAAAACAAAUAAAGAAAUAUGGGCAGGUCUCCCAGACAUGCCGACUGAGUAUGGUGGCAAUAAUGGUGCAUUGGAUGGCAACAGUGAUGUUAUGAUUGCCUAUAUUCCAAAUUCCAUGAAGAUCAAUCCACCAUGUAACUUCCCCAUCAGAAAUGCCUCACAGUUUCUCUAUUACAGAAUAAGCAAUAUGGUAUGCAUGUAAGUCUGACUCAGACAAUAAGACAGUUAAGAAUGCAUCUGCACUGUAGUAAGAUUGACAUGUGCAAGGAUUAAGAAGUUUGGCUUGUAACAGUUCUCAGCUUUCUUGUUAUGCCUUCCAUUACAACCCUGGCUCAGCCUCCAAGAACUCCAGGUUCCCCCAAAGAAUAGAAAAUCAGUGUGUUCAUUGUGAGUAUGCUACUUUCAUUUAGUCUGUCCCCAAGAUACACCUGGAAAAAAUAGCCACAGGGACUCUCAGGUGGAGAGCUAUAAGAAUCUCUUUGGAUGUUAAUGUCUGUGUAUUUCUCACCCUUAGCUUCAAUAGUCUUGUUUGGAGCUGCAUAAACAUUUAUGUCUUCAAUAUCUAAGUGUGGAUCUUCUGUCUAUGACAUAGUGGCCAUUGUAGUUUAUCUUGAAGACUCUUAUGUACGUAAGUUUGCAUUUCCUCCCUUCUGGUGAUGACUCAGGGUUGUAUAGUAUCUCUUAACCAAUCCCUCCCAGAGUAAUUGUAACUUGUUCUGUCCCCAAACAGCCAUGAUGGUGUCUAGUUAGCUGUGUGUUGUGUUCCUAGAGUUGUUAAUGUGGUGAUAUGUGCCAACGGCCAUGUGUAAUCUGUAAGAAGUACCAUGCCAUCUGUGUUCCCAAGGCUAGCAUGGUUUUACAUUUAUCUUCCUUAAUGCCAAGAUAUCCUAUUAGACACUUAUUUCUAUACAAAGCUCCUCAAAUCAAAAGCCUUCAGACAUUAAAGCCACUUGUGCAUCUACCCUGAGCACCCUUCCAGUUAUGGAUAAGUUCAGUAAGACAAGGGAUUUCUCUCCUCUGAAAUAUGCUCCUUCUUGGAGGUGAACCAUUUCCCCAGCACCAACAGAGAUAGAUGGGAAGUCUUCGAUGCAUUUGUCAUUUCUGAGUCACAUGCAUUGUCCUAUUCUUGGCCCACUUAAACCUGUGCAUAUAUGACAGAACAGAUACUCAUUAUUUUUUAAAAAAUUGGAGACAGUGAGGGGAAUAUUCAUGCAUGAAAUUUUCUUAGCACAUAAAUUUUCUACCACAUUUUAAAAAAAUUCCAAAAGGUAGUUAUGAUAUUUAUUAGGCAAGGACAUAUGGCAAACAUACAGCAAAUAAUAUGAAUGAAACAUUUUAUAGGUUUUUUCUAUCAAUUAUUAUUAUUUUCAAUGCAUUAUAGGCAUUGAAAUAGCUGGGCUAGCUGACGAUGGUAUUUUGUAUGAGACUUAGCAAGUUUUGUGUCUUGCUCUUAUGAAAGAGACUAACCAUCUCCUGUUUUUCUUUUCACUGAAUUUUGAUUUGGGUUCUUGGAGAAAGGGACAGUAUUGUAGGUUAAAAUUCCAUUCUGUUUCUUUUCCUUAUGGGGUGUUCUGUUUCGUAGCUAAUAUUGUCUUGUAGUUGAGCAGUAGGUGGGGAAGGUUUUCAUAGAGCUUGAGGAUUCUUAAAACAGAGCUAGUAAUGGAAAAGUUCAACCAACCAACAGUAUUCCAUAGUGACAAAAAGUGAUGCAAUAAGCCAGAGUGCCAGUGAUGGUGUGGUAAAGGGGGAUGGGGAGGGAGCAUGUUUCCUCUUGUCUUCAGAACACAGAAAGGACUGAGACAGUUCUAGAGGUUGAUAAACUUCAGAGUCACAUUUUAUCCCACGGACUCCUUUCCUGAGUCCCAGAGAUGGAGAAGUCUGCAUUAGAGGACCAGGAACAGCCUCCCAAGUUUCCAAUCUUAAGUUUAGGCAUCAGUGUCUAUCAUGUCUUUUAACUCCUUCACUUUUAACUGCACUUCCUGUUGCAUCCCAGAUCUGUAUUCCUCCUGCUAGGAUCACUGUCAUAUCCUCACAGAACUGAAUUUAAAGUCUUAGAAUAUAGAGUAGUGACUUGCCACACAUCCAAAUAGCUCCCUGCUUUCUUAUAUUGUCCUCAAAGCCCAGGAGUACUGUUGAAUGCCACAGCAUUCCAAUGAGAGCACAAAUUACACUCCUACUGCCUCCUCAAAACUUUCUCUAGAAAAUUCAGACAUCAUUUCUGCUAUUAACCCCAAACAAAAAAAAUUAAAAUGAGGCUUUUAGAAGAGCCAAUUAUGUAAUGGGAAUGAAUACAUUUGUUUUAACACCAAGAUAUAAGUAAAUCAUUUGUAGUUAAGGGCUGUAUGGUAAACAUUUGUUUCUCCUCCACUAAUUAACUGACUCUUACAUGUGCUGAUUCCAAAGAAGAAAAUGAAAUGGUCAAUUUCCAAGUGAAAGGUAAUCAUGUGGACCUGUUUGGAGGUAAUCCAAGUGAGUACCAUUCUUUAGAAAACUAACAGCAGGAGUUGAUGAGACCUGGACAGGAAGCCCUGGACUGUGCAUCAGUUAGAGGGACCCUAUGCUAAAUCCAAGUUCUAAGCUCUUAGGCUCAUGGAUGCUAAGAAGCCAGCGUCCCUAAAUCUAACUGCCUGGCCUUCCCCUGGAAUAACUCAGGGCAGCCACCCAUGGCCUCUCAUCUCAGAAGUUUUGGUUGGUUUUCCCCAUUUUGGAAAACACCAAACUGUUCUGCAGAUGACAGUACUUGAAUGCAAAUAUCCAGGCUUCCAUAUCCUACAUAAGAGAAAUUUCCAGGGCAUGACCCAAACUCUGCCUAAGCUCAGUACUCUGGGGACUAGUCCUGUCACCCUUAUACCUGUAGGUUUCAUGCCACUUCAAUGCUGCAAGAAGGCAAGUCCCCAGCAGACAAUGACCUCAACAGUGGUGACUGCUCUGUCUCUGCACUAUUGUAGCAAGCUAAAUAGUGACUGCCAUGCUCUGGGUUUCCCCCUCCCUGCCUCAAAGGAUACUUGAGGAGACUUAAUAUUUAGCUUUCUGGAGGAAAAAUUAGAAUCCAUUUCAGCAAAAACUGUCAUAUCAAUUCACACUUAUUUUCCAGGGAGAGAAAAAGAAAAUUACACCUUGUUUACAAAUGAAAUAGUUUCAUUUAACUGGGACUUUAGCCAAGGCAGUUAAUUAGUCAAAAGAUCCAUGGUAUCACACAGCUUCAUGUUGUUUAUUUUAUUUGAUGUGUCUACCGCCGAUGUGUAUCUAAUAUUCUGCAUCCUUCUCAGGAAAUGACAAAUGCCCCGAAUUCUUUGCAAAUAGAAUUGCUAAUGAAAAAGAAAAGGAAAGUUGGUGUUAAUUAAAUGAUGAUUAAAAAUUUAUCUCCCUUAAACCUAAAAAGUGCAGCUUUAAUAAUUGCUUGUCAUAUAAAUAAAUACCUUGCACUGAAGUCCCUUGUGGUUUAAAACCUAAAUAAAUACUAACGUGAGAAACGGAAGUCUCUGUCAGAGGAGCUGCAUAUAUACCCAUUAGCGUGAUGCAAAUUCCUGUACUGUUUCUUUAUGUGGAGCUGAUAUAUGUGAAACCUCAAGAAAACCAUAGUACCUGUUCCAAGAUGAAGCUGGUUGGCACUAACCUUGACUAGAAUAGGCUUAACUGGACCUCAAGAAAUAAAGUUUAAGCAGGAGGAAGCCAAAUUUAUCAGUCAGUACUUAAUAGUAAUUCAAGGUCUAAAGAAAAGAGGCCUUCUUUCCAAAAGCAUUAUUCAUUUACACUUGAGUCAAGAUUUGGCCUGUCUGUGUUCCCUCCCUCUUCUUUUGGUUAAAUAGGGUCAGAAACACUCACUGGGGGUUUAUGGGUCUCUACUUGAAAAGUUUUUCCAAUGCGGAGCUGCCAUUUUUCAGUCAGCUAUUUUCCUUUGUACUGUGUUCAUGUCUAAUUGUCUCUGAUGAGGUCAGCUUGAUACAGAUCAGAGAUGAUCCAAUGCACCUCUGUGAAUACAGUUGCUCAUGUACACAUGUAUAUAUUAUACAUGCUUGGUUUCUACACUUCAUACUUAAGUGUAUUAUCCAAACAAACUUGUACAUAUUGUAAAGUUUAUGUUAAAAAUUAAAUGGUGGUGAUGGUGUGAACACACAGAAAACCCAUUCUGAUUAUUUUGAUAGGAGGGUAUUUAUGUAGAGAGGGCAUUCUAUUUUUUUAAAUAUCAGCUCUAGGAAGGAUGACAGGGCUCAAGGGGCUUUGAGCAUUGGUGUUCUUGGCCCCAUAAAGAACAAAAUUCUGGAGUGGGGAGUGUGCAAUAUAUGCUGCUUACAUCCACUUUUGAAUAUGAUGCUGAUGUGGACUUACAUGAGACUUUUGUAAACCCAUCAAAAGACAUAGAUUUUCUAUUGAAUUUCUUCUCUCUCUUGGCUCAUUCUGUGCCUAGAAGCGCUGUGAGUAUAGAAGCAGUGCAAAAUGCCCAUCUAGAAGGAUCUUAGAUGAAAUGGAUUUUGUGGAAUGACACCAAGGGAAAAGGGGACAAGUGACAGGUGUCUAAUGUAAAGUCAGAAGCUGUCUAAUGUAAAAUCAGAGCUGGGGCUGGAACCCAAGACUCUGUGGUCUGAUUUAUGGCUUGGUACCCUUUACCAAGCUGACAUAUCUCUAGAUUUCUUUUAGGAAGACACUCCCUAUGAGUCCCUCUGGAAUAUGAGCCAGAGAAACUCACAGGACACCCCUGGCUUUCUUUGCUUCUUGCUCUUUGAAAGUCCAAGCAUGACUCUAAAUUUGGUUUUUCUUUAAGCUCCUUUGCAAUCCCUCACUUUCUCAGGGUUCUGAGGAAGACAGGAUCUUUCUUCAGGGGUCUCUCCUCUCGAGAAAAUCCACAAAGGGUAUAGUUUAAAGCUUCAAACCAAAGAUGAAGGCUAACAGCAACCAGGACUAUGCUGUGCUGUUAAAACAAGGCACACCCAUCAGGCCAGAGGACUAGACAAGGUGGCAGUUUCCUCUGAAUGGGAUGAAAAGUAGAAUCUCUUCCCGUAGGUAGUUCAUGGUUUAAAAAGUAAAUUCCAAAACACAAAGGAUAACCAAGGACUAGAAAACAAAACACAGAUUAAACAAUGAAAAUUGAAAAUAGAUAAUAUGCUGUUAUAAGAAGAUUAAAGUAAUUGAUACUGUAAUCAAAUUUUUUAAAAAAUUUCUUCCCUGGGUUUUAAGGAACUUUGGAGAAUAUAGUUGGUGUCACCGGAAAUGGCCUUGAUUUAUUUGAUGUAUCCUGAGAUGAUGAGGGAGAAACAUAGGAGCAGCUAAAAGAGUGAAAAACUCAUUCUUCCAUAUUUUUUGCACACAUACUUUUGGGUCUGGCUCCAACCAGCCCUGCAUGGCUUACCAAACCAUGCCUCAAAUGCUUCAAAAGGGUUGAAAAAUCCUUCAAAGGAUUGGAAAAAUAGACCAUGGUGUAAAGAAGAAAGAGGAGAUGUCCAGAAACCUUUCCCAGAAGGGUUGCUUAUGGCCUGUAGAGGUUUUUGAUAGCUCAGGGUGUGGGUAGGUCAGGGAGAGCGUAAGAGUGUGCUUGUGGAGUCCUAAGUGCCUACUGUUUCUGAUGGCAAAAGAAAUGUCAGGUUCCGUAGUGGAAAAAAAAAACAGGGCAAGGAUGCGAAGAAAGGGAAUCCAGGUGUGUUUCUGGAAGGAUGGAGGCAUGGAGAGGGUAUGAAAGAAGGUGCGUUCACACUGUGUGUACCAUUCUAUGCAUAUGAGAAUGUUAUAGUUUCUGCUCAUCACAAGUUUGCACCAUGGAUCAGCAUCUGAAUCUUGAGAUGCCCAACUUUGUCUACACUGAAUGAGUUUAACGUAGAAGUUAAGCAUUAUUGUUACCUUUUUGCAGAUGAGGAAACUGAGGCUAAAGCUGUUCUAAGCCUCACUAGGAACAUGGAGGUCAGGCUACAAGUGGAAAGAGAUUUGCUAAUUUGAGGCCCCCAGGUUUUUCCAUAAGUACCCUACUCAGGUUUCCUAGUUUGAGGUAUAUCAAGAACUCAUGGGGAUCCCUCUUCUAUUCACAGUCCCUUUCAAGACUGGAAAACUGCUCAUGUCACAAUUCCUCCCUGUGCUUGCACUCAGCAUUAACUUUUUUGUUUUUGGAUUUUUCUUUAUUUUUUUUUUGCUUCGAAAAAUUUCCUUCUCUACUUAGCAUGUGCCUAACCUUAAAUAUCCCUUUCCCAAGCUCUUUUCUUCUUUCACAGUUGGCAUCAGGGCUAGUACCAUUAAACAUGUGUACAUAGUAUGCUUCCACAGGUGUGUGGACACAGUCACACACAUACAUGCACACACUGCCUUGUGGUCCUCAAUCAAAGCUCUCUUAAACACCGUGACCCCUUUCUAAGCAGAAUGCUAUUUGCUGACUUGCUGAUCCUCCUGUUCAUCUGUGUUGGUUUAUCUUUGCCAGGCAGACAGAAUGAGGUUCAGUGAUAGGGCAGGGAAUGGGGAAUAGUUUUACAAUAAUGACUGAGUGCUUUAGUCAUCAGGGUGAUUGAGGGCCAGCUAUUAAAUGCUGUUGUUGUUGUUGUUUUUCUUGGUCUGUUUCAUUUGUUAAAUUGCCUUAGAGAUGCACUCCUGGUCAUUAGUAUCAGGAUAAUUGUUGAUGCACCAACACUUGUUAAUAUCCCAAGGAAGAGUAUUGAAUUGGGAUGUUUCCACAGCACUUUAUAGGAGUGGCAUUGUGUCCAAUAUGUCACGCAGGCGAUGCUCCUGAGCACACAGGUGCCAUCUGUGUAUCCCCUCACACCCAUCUUCUAGACCACAUUUCUUUUCUGGCAUUUAUAUUUACAGUGAGGUGGUGCACACCAUUUUAUAGAUGAGAAGACUGAGCUGGGAUCAGAAGGAAAGUUGCUUUGGAAGGCUUCGGAGUUUCAUUUUCAUAAAAAUGCAAUCAUUGCUCCAAGUGCUUCUUAGGAGUCUUUGAACACAGUAUAGAUGCCCUAAGCUUGAUUCCUGAGAAUAAUUCUCCAGUUGUCGUAAUCCUUCAGACAGUCAAAUGUCUCUCAAUAUAGAGGUUGCUGGGGCUAAGGAUACAGCCCAAUUAGUGGAGUGUCUGCACAGCACACGUAAGGCCUGGGUUCCAUGCCCAGCACUUUGAGCAUAAAUUGGGUGUGGUGGCACAUGGCUGUGAACCCAACACUCAGGAGGAUCAUGAGUUUAAGGUUAUACCCAGGCUACACAAUAAAUUGGAGGCCAACCUGGGCUACAAGAGACCCUGUGUCAAAAAUGAAAACAAAAACACGUAGGUUAUUAUUAUUUAAUAGCUAUUCUGAGACUGUGUGCUUUUGCAAGAGACAAGGAGACUCCUAGGGAUGUUGCACUCUGCAGAAAGUUGAGUGCCUCAAACAACAGGGCUGAGAGCUCUGCCUCUUUGGAGCUGUAUUUCAAAGCAUACAAUUCCCCAGUGAACCACAACCAAACUAUUUAAGAUGGAAUCAUUCCUCAGAUUCACUUCACAAAUAAGGCAUCAGUGAAGUUCAGGAAGGAACAAGACAGAAGCAAUCAUCAUUCACCAAUGCUGCUUAGGUACCAUAUCAGCAAAUCAGCGAGUCUGCAUUUUUACAAUUCCAAGACAUUCCUCAUUAUCAGUAGCCCUGGGUCAUAACCUCUUCCAGUUAAUUCUCUUUCACACUUUUGGGAAGGAUUUAAAAACCUUCGAAAGGAUAUUAGCAUAACACAUAGCCAAUACCACAGAUGCCUUUUAAAUUAAUAAGGUUAAUUGUUCUCCCGCUAGCAUAAGUUUGUCUUUGGCAUUUUCAGUAUUUCUUAUUGAUCUGACAUUUUGCUGUUUCAAGCUUUUAAAGGGCUCAAUUCAAAGACUAUUGAUAACUGAGCAAAUAAUGAAGGUCUAGAAAUAAAAUAAUGAAUUGUCUGUUUUUCCAUGAGAAACAAUCACAGCCCUUUGAAUUCAUUAGAGGUUUUUACAUUAAGCAUGUAUGAUAUAUUGAAUUGUUUCUCUUCCAGGUCAGGCUAAUUCACAUGAAGAAAUGGUAUUGACUUUUAAAACUCAUUUUACUUUUAAACAUCUUAAAUGUACUAAGUUUGUAGACACAGCUCUGGGGCCAUGACCAUUAGGAAAAUAUUCAAUGCCAAAAGGAGAAGACUUAAACAUGAUUUUGUGGCAAAUGUGAACAAUCUUCUUUGAAAAUUGAUGGAUUUGGAAACAUCAAACUGACAUUUCUAAUAUUCAUGUUACUCUGAAAGUUUACAUUGGAAAUGAUGUAAGUGAACAUUAUUUUUCAAGAAAGAUAUUAAGUCAGGGAUAUGUAGGAAACAUGGUCAUUGAAAACACAAAUAAUCACGAAAUAAAUGUGGGUCAGAUGCUUUCCCAGCCUGAGGGUCCCCAACGACGUUUGUUUUUAUGGUUGUUUUCAAAGUCUGAAUGCUAAUCUUGUUCAUUCCCCUGGUAAAAGAUAUUUAAGAGCAUAUCCUUGCCAGAUUAAUUGGUAGAAUCCAUCAUAGUUUAUAUUACACUAGAAUGUUUGCAUAUGUGUACGUAUAUAUUUCAAGCAGAAUAUCAGAAAGAAUUAGGUGAGUUAAUUGGUGACUUGAAUAAGAAAUUGGUCAUAAAAAUCAUAAAUAAUGACCUUCUCACACAGUAAAAGAGGGUAAACUAUUCAUUCUCCAGCCAUGCUGUAAGACUUGCAUAAUGUACAAGCUACCCAUUGCCCACAGGAGAGUUAUUGAAUUAAACAGCUUAUCCAUGAAUGGUUUAUGUAUGAGUCUGUCUUUAGCCCAGUAUGUAAUGGGAUUGAACUCAUAUGCAGAGGGUUUCCAUUCACAGCUACAUGAAACACCGUCUAUAACUCACAUCAGGACUGGCUUGAUGUCUUGUAUGGUGGAGCUCAAAGAUAGCUGUGUGCUCCACUCAGUGGUCUUCAUUUGGGAGUAGAUCUUCACCUACCAGUCACAGCAGUUUAUACCUGUCAUGUUCUGAUCCACUGCAUGAGGAAGUGCUAAUAACUGUAUUAAAUAUUUCCAAGCAUAGCUACAAAAUUACACGUUUGCUUAACACCUUUCUAUGAUAGAGGAAGUAUAUACUAUGGUUGUCUUCUUGUAGUAUGUCUUUUUAAUUUUGUUCAAUGUGUUAUCAACUGUUUUAAGGAAUGGGAUUUGACAUGUGUGUGCAAACUGAUAUGUACAUAACUCUUGGGCAAUGAAAGUGCCCAUCGUACAAUGUAAAAAUGUAAAUACAGGAAAUUUCAUUUUUCUAAUAAAGAUAAUUUCUGCCAAUUGA